AUGGAACUUCAUCCGUUAGCCUUCGGCAGCAAGCUAUGGAACUACGUAAAGAUCGCCUUCUUCAUGAUCAGGAAGGGGGUCAUCACCAAGAGGAAGCUUUUCAUGGACUUGAACCGGAUGAUGAAGCGAGGGAAGACCCUCAGAAAAUCCCUUUGCAAGAGCCUCAUUUUCCGCCACCACUCUUCUAAGGCGGCUCCGCUUAGCGGGUUCAGCUUCCAAGUUGAUAAAUACGAGUUCUCAUGCGGCAGCAACCCCCUUCCGGUGUUUUCACACAUUAACAGCAGCCCUAAGAACAUCUCUGUUUUUUUGUUUUUUACUAUUUGUGAGAACACUAUCUUUCGAUAG